UUUUUUUUUUUUUAAUUCAUAAUUGUAGUUGACUUUGAGAUUUAGUUGUUAUGGUUCCUUGAUUUUUUUCAUAGUUUCCGGCCUGGUUUGAUUUAAUUCAUUUGAAUUGAAUAGUUGAUCUUUUGCUGUUGCUAUUUGGUUUGGUUCAUUUGAUCUGAUUUGAUCCGUUGUUGUGGCUUCAUCUUGUGUUCUUUUGAGCAAGAUUUAAAUUGGUAAAUUGAGGUAAUGGGGUGCCAAGGUUUUUCGGGAUAUUUGCUUAAACCACGAAAUUUCCUAAUAACCCUUGCCAUAGUAGCUGUGUUAGUGCUUGGGAUUUACAACCAAGUCACGCCCGAUUAUGGUCUUGCGGCUGCCAUUAACAAACUUCUCCAAAAUCUUCCUAUCAAGCCAAGAGGAAAAAUUCUAGACAAACAAUUUGUAGAGGCCGAAAAAAGAAUCUUCAAUUCUCAUCUCAUCAAGUAUGGGAAUAGUCCAAAGCUGGCUCUUGAUCAACAAGAAGCUUCUCUUCAUUCCUUAGUACUAAUGGUUCUGAACGCUCCUGAUGGAGCUCUUAAAAAGAAAGUAGCACAGAAGGAGUUGGAUAAAGAGUUGGCGAAUCGACGCCAUGUGGAUUGCGCAAUUGAACAGAUUGCAAAAGCUAUUUCCUUCCCUAAUGAUUUCUCAAAGUUGAUUGAUACUAUCUCAAGGGUGGACGAUUGGGACUGUUACAGUACAUUGCUUUCCACUUAUGAGACCUAUUGUGGAGGAUUUUCUUUUUACGGGAUCAUAUAUGAGAAUGUAUUCGCAAACAUGUGCAAUAACGGUACUCAAGAAGCCCAACUAGCUGAAAUUGCAUCUGAAGUUUGUGGCGACGGAGGAAAGUGUCAAAAGGUUGUAGCCAAGUGAUGAAAAUAAGCAAUGAACUCAAUAGUGUUGCAUUACAUUAUUAAUCAUAUAUCUAACUAUGUGGAUUAUAUAUAGUGUUGCUUUGAUGAUUGGAUGGAGUAGUAAAAAAAUAUUUAGAUGGAAAAAAAAAAAAAAAUCUUUAUGGCAUAACGUUGCUGCAUAAAAGAAAGAAAAGGGUCAGGGGAGUGUGUCCCCACAUAGACAUCCAAUAGGUAGAAGAUACAUCAUUUAUGUACAAAAAUGAAUGGGGAAGGUUGAGCGGGAGAUUUGAGUGGUAAAUUUCUUGGUGAUUCCCGCCUUUAAAGAGAUGAACACUAUGGCGAAUGUACUUUUAUCCGUCACUGACCACCACAAGGACCACCUUUCCCCAUGGCUGUCUUAACCAUAUUAGGGGCCCUGUUUUAAACUUAGAAAUUAGGUCCUGAUAAAAAAAGUUAGAUACAAGCAAAAAAAAACACUUUUCUAUCCGAUUCUUUUUUUUUAUUCCCUCUCUCAAACUAAUUAAUUUAAAUAGUAAAUCAUAUCCAACUACAACUUCAAGUUUUUUUAAAAAAAAAGACAUUUCUAGCGAUUUUUGUAGCAAAUUCAUCAACAAGUCUUCAUAUAACACCUUCUCCAAAAAAUAUUUGGCAGACAUAAUUAAAAAUAAAACUACAUUAGUAUUUAGUAAUUAAACCCUUCAAAAAAAAAGUAUUUAGUAAUCAAAGAAACAAUGCACCCAAAACAAAUUAUAUUCAACAAUUAGUCUAAUACUUGGUAAUUGAAAGUCAAAGGAGGAUAAAAACAAGUUAGUAAAAGGUUACCACAACUCCAAUUUCCGCAGCUCACCGACUCAGGGGAGUACCCAUUACAAUAAUUUUCUUAAUUUCCAACUUUAAAAAUUACAUAUUAGCAAUAAAGCUAAAAUGCUAAAUAACUCCUAGAAAAUUUGCUUAAAAAAACUCCUAGAAAAUUUAAAACUCUAUACAUAUUAGCCUUUGAUAUACGAAAAUCAAGGAUUUGUUUGUGGAAAAUACAUAACUAAUUCCUCCAGAGGAAGUAAUUUAUGAAUUGAGAACAUAAUUAUUGUGAUUGAUAGAGGAAGGCAAGAAGUUUAUAUGGAAAGAUGAAGAUUUUGGGUAAAACAAGAAAUUUAAUGACUAAAGAAGGAAGAUUUUAGAAUUUUUAAGCAAAUUGAGAGCAUUUACGAGGUAAUCUAGGUGCUUGAUUUGUGGGAGUAAUUGAAAUGGGGAAGAAGAAUGGAAGAUAGAUAGUUACUGACUUCUCUAAUUCACGCUUGAGCAGAAAGAGCAACUUUUUUUUUUUUUUUUUUAAAAAAAAAAAAAUUAGGGUUGGGCUCCAAUUAUUAAUGGGCCCUCAACAAUUCGGGGCCCUGUGCUAAGGGUCUGGUUGCACAGGCCCUUAGCCGGCCCUGCCUUUCCCACCCUAGGCAGUCGACCACCUCUUUCCCCACUAACCCAUUUCUCUUUCCCUCCAUAAAAGCCAUCCAAGACCUACCCAAAUCCCUAAACCAACACCUUGAAGCCCACCUAAAACUCCUACCUCAAAAUCCCAUCCAAAACAGGCAAACCCCUCCUAAGAUUUUGACGAUGAUGUCCAUACAA